AGACGACACAAACUCAGCUGUCGGUCUUCUAAUCGCCACCAUCGGCACCGGCAUCGGCAUCAGUCUUAGCUCUCUUCUCGCGAUGCUCCUGUAGCCCGCACAGAGACCAAGAAGAAACACCCACACCAACAAACAGAUCAAAAGCAUCUUCAUCUGUUGAUGCAUGCGCCGCGCCGCGCACCCACCAGUGCUUCUCCGUCGGCCGCCCCUUCUGCUUCCUCGUCCAGUCCCAGAUCCAUGUCGAUGUCAAUCUCCUCGUCAGCACCGCCCUGAUACACACACACAUCCGGAUGCAGUCAAUACCACAUCGAUCCGAUGCGCUGCCUGGCUCACCGCAGCUGGUCUCGGGGCAGGAGGAGGUGGUGGUGGUGGUGGUGGGCGGGCAAACAGAGGAGGGGCAGGUGGCUGCCGUGGUGGUGCUUGUGGCCUUGGUGGUGGGGCGUGUUGGUCUCUGGCAUCCCAUGUAUCUUCGAGACUCAGCAGCCGCAGGAAGGCUCUCCGCUGGCCAGGGAGGUCUCGAUAGUCCCCGUCGGGCGACGUCCAGUGGGGCCACCGGCCAUCUGAGGGGAUGGGCGAUUCGAUUGGUCCACACACAAAGGCAGGCCCGGUACGUCCGCGUGUCGUGUUCGUGUCGUGUGAGUGUACCUUGCGCGUCCUGUUGCAGCCUCUCCUGCACAUGGACGCGGUCAUCGUCAGUCGGCGCACUGGACGAACCAACGAACGAACGAACGAACGAAGGAAUAUGGAACGAACAGCAGACAGAGGGUGUCACGUCACCCUUGUGUUGGUAUGGUAUGCUCUGUGUGUGCGCUGCGUACUGCACCGACCGUACCAGGUGUUGUGGGGCCUGUUGUGGGGCCCAUAUGGGAUGUUCGGGUGGUUCGCACGCAGGAUUGACAGCCACUCGGCAUCGUAACUGCACCAUACAGACGCGCAGAGAGAAACACCCGCACCUCACUCAUCCCAUCCACAGACCAGACCCUUUUCCUCUCUGUUUCUCCAACGAACCGAAUGCACAGCGGCUCAGAAGGUCCACUGCUCUCCUGCUGGGCGGAUGACGCUUCUUGUGCAGCCCCGGCAGCAUCGGCUCCUGCAGCUGCUGCUGCUGCUGAAUCGCCUUGGGCAUCCACGAGCGCGCUGCCAUCGCUGCCAUCGUUGUGGAUGAGCCAGUGGCCAGCAGGGCAUGUGUCAGACGGCAUGUCGAUGUCCAGGAUCUGCAGGAAGGCUCCAGGCCGACGCUCAUGCACCUUGUCCAGCGCCAGAAACCUGGACAAACAACACAACACACACAGGCGUAGAGAUAGAUUGGUGGGGUGAUGUGAUGGGGAUCUCGAUACAUACGAACCUGGUUGCCUGGUGCCUCUGGUUAGGGUUGUUUCCAUUGGGUGGCUGGUGGUGUGGGAUAAUCGACGCGAACUUGACGUGGAGGUGGGCCGAGAACCAGAACCGGCUGCACGCAAGCAAGGAGGGAGGAGCACCACACAUCACAUCAUAUCACAUCGCAUUCGGUCCCUCCCUCGCCUUGUUGUGUUCACUUACGGUUUCAUUUGCCUGAGCAGCAGCAUGGCGGGAGUGUUGCCGAGCUGGUUCCUGUCCAGCUGCAACCAAGUGCAAUAAAGGAAGGCGAUGCGUGAAUGUGCGUGUUGGUCUCUUGGUCUGGUGCACUCACGUCAUCUUUGAAGAAUGGCUUCUUCUGAAUGAGGCCCUGACGGUCACCAUAGUCCACCACACCUGCAGGCCACGCACACACGCACUCACCCGCCACUCAUUGCAUGGCAUGAGCAGGCGCGUCCCGGCUCGGUGCGUGUCGUGUCGUGUGUACCGUUUGGCCAGUCGUGGCUGAGCAUGACAUCCACAGGCUCUCUCACCUAUAGUCAUACACAUAAUCAAAUCACCUACCUGUCAAUGAACACUGCAUCAAUAGCCAGCCUGUUCCUCUCCAUUGCUGAUCUGCCGACCUCGCCCAGUUUCUUGAUCUCGAACUCCCGCGUGUGGCAUGCCGUCCGCCGGGUCGAGUCGUCAUACGGGAUCUUCUCAAAGUAACCUGCACUCACACACACAGACAGACAGACACGUCACACACGUCACACACGUGAGUGUAAUGAAUGUACAUUGCUUCUCUCCACCCACUGACCACCGAGUGUGACUGACUGACCUUUGUUGUAGUCGUACGGCUUGUAGAUACCCGAGUAGCCUCCGAUACGCAGAUCCCCCACACGGACCACACCACUAGAGCCCAGGAAGAAGAUGUUGGGCGCCACCCAGCCGCCGAAAUACCUGAACGAGCAGAGCAGAUCAACAUCAAGUACCACUGGCAACCGACUGCCCGUGCUGUUGAUGCCCAUGAGUGGGAGCGUACAGUUCUGAGAGGACGUUGGGUGCCUCAUGGUUGCCUCCGACGAAGAUGGUGAGGCAUGGUGCCGUCUUGGCGCCCGAGUAGUAUUCAUGGAAGUCCAUCAUCUUGCGAUACUUGGGAGGCAUCGUCUGCCACUGCAUGUCAGACUCAAAACGCGCCGACUGCACACACCGGAUCACACACCGAAUGCCUCGCAGUCCGAGUGGACGCUGUGUCUGAGGGAUCUUGCCUGGAAGUCUCCACACAUGAGCAGGAGGUCAACGGGCACUCCAUCCCUCUGGCUGACGUCCUCCAGGGCACGAUAGAUGGCGUUGAGUUCGCCGUGGCAGCAGCCUUCAACACCAACCUGGAGAGAAGAAAUGAAAGCACAAGCCGCACAUUGCAAUGACAGCAGAAGGUGCAUCCAGCCGGAGCACAAGCAUCCCAUCUCACCCGCAUCGUCGAUGGACCACCCGCUCUAAAAACCACCCGCUUCAAAAACCAGAUCUUGCGUGGCAGCAGUGAAAGGCAUCGCAGGCCGAGCGGGAGUAGUUUUCC